AAAUUUAAAAUAAGCAAGAUUCUCUGCGAAAGCUUUGUUCUUUUGGUCAAAUUCAACCGAUUGCCAGUGUUCGGUUGCUUUGUUGUAUAUCUAAAGAGAGAGCCUUUAUUCAGUUUGUGAUCUUGGUUUUGCGUUCCUUAGUAUCUUUUCUGCUUGAAACAGGGGGUAUUAAUAUUGUUUGAAUUAAGGUGAUAAUCUGCUAGUACUACAUAAACGAGAAUGGUGAUAAAGUGUACACCAUUAAGAUAGAAUCACCAUUGGGAUUGGUCACUCAAUCUGCACAUCCAGCUCGCUUCUCCCCUGAUGACAAAUACUCAAGGCAGAGAGUUCUUCUGAAGAAACGUUUUGGUUUGCUGCUGACACAGCAGCCACCUCCAAAGUAUUGAACAACCUGAUCUCGCAUGCUCUUCUUUUCUGAAGUUUCUCCGUCAAAUAUAGCAUUGAGGAACAUCAAAGUGUUUUCAUAUUUCUAUUGCUGUGUGCUAGCUAUCUUGCAUAUUAAAGAUGGCUGAUGAUAGCGAAAUGAGUCUAGCAAUCCUUCCCACCACCACUACCCGUCCUACACUUUGCCCUCCCACGGCUACAGAGUCCUCUCCCCUGACUCCAUUCUCUGCCGUUGCCCCUCCUCCUUUCCUCGCAGUGUCUAGGCUCCAUAUCCACAUAACUCUUGAAACCAUCCAUGAGGAAGAAAAUGAAGGGGAAAUCAAUGAAUUGUUGCCUCAGAAUUCAUCUUUGACAUCGACGCCAUUCUCGUCCACAUGUUUCCUGGAAGUGCAGAAGGCUCCCUUGUCAUCUUACAACCAAAUCACCAGUUCAUGACUUCAUGUACAUGUUAUGAAUCAUCCGAUUUAAACCAUGAAAUGCUUUUUAAUAUGAAUCAUGGUUUAUGUUUGGUAGAAAUUUUUGUCUCAUGAGAAAAUUGGGAUGAGGAUUGUUAUAUGUUAAUCAUUUGGUGUUUGUAUAAUGUAAUUAUUUCCAUGUUGUAAUGUAAUUGCAAACCCUUUUGUUAUUUGCCCAUGUUCUUUCAAUAUCCUAUGAAUUUGCUAGGAAAAUCAAACCAGAAAGCAAAAAUUGUCUAAUUUUGAAGUCAUUUUAGGACAAUUUCUAGUUCUGGGAGUAAAGAGGUUAACUGAAAUAACAGGAAUUUUGCCUU